UUUUUCCUGCGUUUUGGUGCAAAAAAUGACAUGGGGUUGUCAUAUUUAAGGUUUUUCAUGAGCGGUUAUGGGUGGUUUUGUUGUUAUACGUUUCAAGAUUCAGUUUUUUGUUCUUGUGCUGUUGUUAAAAAUUGCUGUUUUCUUUCUGUGUGAAAUGGUUUGGUAGUUUGAUUUUGUAAAAAUGAAGGUUUGGAUGUUGUAGAUUUUGCUUCCUAUGUGUUUGAGGAAAGUGGAAAGUGGAAAAGUUCAGUUCAAGUGAUUCUUUUGAGGUUUUGUAUUUCUCUUUCUUAGUAAAAAUGUGACAUGGGUUUUUGAUAUUUAAGGUUUUCUUUGGUUAUUGGUGGUUUGUUGUUGUCUAUAUUUUUCUUCCUUUUUUGUUUUUUUUGUAAAAUCAAGAUUCAAUUUUUUCCCCUUUGUUCUUGUGCUAUUCAGCUUUGACUUACUGAGGACAUGACUUUAGAUAAGAGAGUAUGGAGGUAGUGGAUUAGGGUAGAAGAGUAGUAGGUAGUUGAGCUUUGACUUGCGUUAUGGUGGGAGUCUGGGAGCACUGUAUCUGGCGUAGGGUUAGUGUUAUACAUGUAGUUUCUUGCUUCUGAUAUCUGUUACCAUUUGUUAUCUAUUGUGUUUCUAUUACCACAUUAUUUCACUGUUGUUUUGUUUCUUUUUUCUGAAUGCUCUGUAGUGCUUUCUUCACUGCCGUAUUCCCUUUUUUCAUAAAUACUUUGAUUUGCUGCACUUGUUCGAGGGUGUUUCGGAAACAACCUUUCUAUCUCCAUGAGGUUGGGGUAAAGUCUUCUUACACUCUACCCUCUCCAGAUUACACGGGGUGUUAAUAUACCGAGUACUGGGUGUUCUUAAAAGUAAACAUGAGCACAAAACUUGAGCAGGCAUCUAGCCACAUUCAGACGGCUGCUUCAUCUGCAACACCAUUGAGUGGCCCAAAGAUCUCUAUGUUUGCCAAUAAAACUGGAUUUGUGAUACCAAAAAACAAGUUAGCAGGUUCAUUGGUUCCGGUAUUUCGAGUAGGAAAAAAAGGAGCUAGUGAUUCUGUAAAUGAAGAUAGCACUAAACAGGUGCAAAGGAAAACCAAAUGGGGUCCUGAUCUCACACAGGAUACUACUGUCAGAAAAGCAAGAGCAUUGGCAUAUCAGAGUCGUGUGGAUCAAAUAACACAACUACUGAAUUCUAGGAGUUUGGAGGGAGAAGGCAGCAAAGACUCCUUAUUAGCCUCUCCUGCUAAAGAUCACGAGUCUUCAGAUCAUCAACCUAAUGAUGAGAAUGUGAGAUCACUGGAACUUGAAAGACGGGAAAUCAUUGGGGAGAUUCUAAAACUGAAUCCCAGUUAUAAGUCACCUGCUGGUUAUAAGCCUGUACCAAAGGAGGCAAAAAUUCCAGUACCUAUCAAAGAACAUCCCGGGUACAAUUUUAUUGGUUUGAUUUUUGGUCCUGCUCAUAAGCAACUGGAAAAGGAAACUGGAGCUCAAGUAAAGGUUUAUGGUAUUAAAGCAGAUACUGAAGAGAAGGUAGAAGUUACUUCUGGUGAAAAUGACUCUGGUGCUUAUGAGGAAAUGCAUGUCCAAGUAUCAGCGGAGACAUAUGAAAAGGUUGAUGCUGCAGUUGCUUUAAUUGAACUUCUGGUUACCCCAGCUUCAAUGACUCCUGCGGCCACAACCACAAAAGCCUCAGGUGAUGGAGAAACUAUUUCCGUUGAAGCAACACCUGUCCCGACUCCUCCUCCUGUAGUAAAUCAAGGGAUAGCUCAACCAGGUUUUGGAGCACAACCUGCUCAACUUCAAAGUCAUUUUCAGCCAUACCAAGGGCAAUGGUUUCCUGGACCGACAUCUCAGAAUCCAGUACCUCGAUUUCCAGGACCCGCUAACUCUGGGAUUUCUUCAGCAUCCCUGGUCAGCAACACUCACCAAGUAUCACCGUCACCUACCAACUUGUCAAAUACAUCCUCACCCUUUGGUCCACCACAUGGUAUGCAAGAUGGCUUUGGUUCAGUUCCUCGAAACCCUUUUGUUCACUCUAGCCCACAGGCACCACUAAUGCAGCAGCAAUAUAUGCCUUCUUCUCAUUUUGGACAAAUUGGUGGACUUAGACAUCCUAUACCAUCUUUAGGGUCUACACCACCUCAAUCCAAUAUGACUCUGCCUCAAUUUUCUCAGGGCCAACCGAGUCCAACAGGGUUUCCGCAAAUUGUCAGACCAGUAAUGUCUUCAUUACCUCAGUCUGGCCCUCCUACAGCAUAUCCAGACCGACCAUUGACCCCAGCUGGAAACUCCCCUGGAUGGUCACAGUUGCCAUGGAACAACCAGACAGGUCAAGGUCCAAGCAACAUGAUUGCCAUGGCUCCCCCCACAGUUUCCCCUCAAGGAAGUCAUCAUCUUGCUUCACGCCCAAUGGGUGUCUCUGCAGCUCCGCAUAUAGAUGUUUUCCAGGGCCAUAAUUUAGCACCCCAAUCAUCUGGACCAUCUCCAUCAGCACAUAUGCCUCCUCCAUUGCGUCCAUCUUCAGGAUCUACCCCUGCACAUUUCUUGAACCACUCUGUGUCUAGUGGACAACCAAUCAAUCCAAAUCUCUCACCUAAUCCAGUUCCCGUAAGUUCUCUUAAUAUUAAUUCUAUGAGACCUACUUCCUUUGUAACUCCAAAUCCACUGCAGCCCAAUAGCGAUUUUACAUUCCAGCCUCACCAUUCACAGAAUCCAGCAGCUUCCAGGCUAAUUAGUCAAUUUGGAUCUCAGGAACUUUCACCUUCAAACCAAAUGAUGCGCCCUCAUCAACGACCAGCAAUAGACAAUCCAAAUCUCCCACUUGUCAUUCAAGGAUUUCAAAGACCCCAAUUAAGCAAUCAGAUUAGUCAGCCAGGACCACCUAUGUCACUUGACUUUGCUCGAGGACCUGCUGGUCCUGUCCCUCAAUUUAGGCAUCCGACAUUUUCAAAUCAGGGUAUAGCUUCACCUACUGUCCCUCAAAUGCAACCUAUGAACUUUAGGCCAGCUCCAAAUCAUGUAGGUUCCUUCCCUCCUAGAGUGAACUCCAUGCCUCUUCAGCAAAAUAAUCCAAAUGUCAUGCUUCGACCACAGAACUUUGAGGCUCCCAACAAUGUCUUCUUCCGUCAUGGUAGGCCUGCCUCUGGAGCGCAUCAAAUAUAUGACCCCUUCUCGCCCACAUCUGUCCCUCGACAUCCUCAUCCUGGUGGUAAUCCAGCAAUGGCAGAAAAACAAGAGAGUGAUCCUGAAUAUGAAGACUUGAUGGCCUCUGUUGGAGUUAAAUGAUUCAAACUAUAGACCUUCAUGUUGAUCCCACCCCCUCUAAAGCCUUUAAGUAAAAUUCUAUGCUGUCCAUGCAUCAGUGAUAAUGCUUAAUAUGCAAUUUUUCUUAUUGGGGGUCAUAGAGACAGUAACCAACCCCUUCAAUUCUCCUUGUAUUGCAGAAAAUGCUUUCUGAUAGAUAUAUUUUACUGGAAAAGUAAUGUAUUUAGGAUAUGCAUAUACUUUCUUGGUGCCUACUUGUUGAAGGAAUGUGGGGUGAGUAGGGAAUGGUGCACUAGCACAGUAAGUACUAAUGCACUGAUUGAUAUAGAGAUUCCUCUAUUUAUGGGCAUUUUAGUGUUUAUAUA